AUGAACGGGCUCUCCAUCUCUCCUUUUAUCACCGAGCUACCCAAGGUCGAGCUUCAUGUCCACAUCGAAGGCACCCUCACGCCAGCUCUCCGGUGGGAGUUAGCAAACCGCAACAAUAUCACUCUACCCUACGCCACAUUUGAAGACCUUAAAGCUUCGUAUGCGGUGACCUUCAACCACAGGCCCGAGCUCAACGGCCUCCAGCCCGGUAUCCCUACCUUCCUGGAAGCCUAUUUUGCUGGGUGCGAAGUUCUCUGCACCGAGACCGACUUCUAUGAUCUAGCCAUGGCCUACCUCCGCCGCUGCGCAGCAAUGAAUGUGCGCUACGCUGAGCCAUUCUUCGAUAUUCAGGCACAUACGCGCCGGGGUGUCCCCGCCAAUGCGGUCCUGGAUGGCUACCUGCGCGCACAGCACGAUGCAGCAGAGCAGCUUGGUGUGCAUUCGCGCUGGAUUAUGUGCUUUCUGCGUGACGAGCCUGUAGACCAGGGCCUGCUGGCGUACGCUGAGGCGCGGCCUUGGGCUGCCGGCACUGUCGAGGGCGGCAAGGGUCUAUUUCAUGCCGUAGGGCUUGCGAGCAAUGCAUACGAGAGACCGCCCAUGCUCUUUGAAGCAGGGUUUGCGCUCGCCCGGGCAGACGGCCUGCAUAUCACCAUGCACUGUGACUUUGGACAGAAGGACACGCACGCACACAUGACUGAGGCCAUCUUUCUGGUCUGCGAUGGCCAGGGAUCGGAGCGUAUUGAUCAUGGUCUAGAUGCCGAGGACCAGGAGAUGCUAUGGCAAGCGUUGAUAGAUAGGCAAAUCGGUCUGACCUUGUGCCCCCAUGCAUACCAUCGGAGGACAGCAACAGAGGUCUUGUUCCCAAAGAUUAGAAGACUGUGGGAGAGAGGGGUUAAAUUUUGCAUCAACAGUGACGACCCGACCUUGAUGCAUGAUGUCUGGAUUGAUGGGAACAUGGAGAAGAUAUAUACAUAUUGCGAGUUCAGCAAGGGAGAGAUGGUACAAUUGGCAAGAAACGCAGUAGACAUGUGUUGGGCUGAAGAGCAUGUCAAAAAGGCCAUAUAUCAAGAAUUAGAUAGCGUGGACAUCCGUGAAUAA